AUGGCGAGCUUCAUGUCCAAUUUCUUCCAGGGCGGCGGCAAGGACAAAGCGUCCGGAGAUGCCUCUCCCCGUCCUGUCACCCCAACGAAAAAGGUCAACAAUAGCUUCAUCAACCCUCCGAGCACCCCUCAAGGCAGCCCUAGCAAGAAGACCGUUCCACCUGGCGCGCACGACCUCCCAAGUGCAUUUGAGAGUGCCAUGUCCCUCAAUUCGUCUGGCUUGGAUGCGCCCGUGAAGCUUUCUCGUCCUCAGAGCGUCAUCACCCCGCUCUCGCCUGGCAAAACAAACGCCCAGCCUCUUGACGAGUCUAGUAUCAAUGUUGAUGAGAGUAUUAUUCACAAGGCGCCAUCUUCAGGCAGUCCGCUGAAGAAGCAGGGCCAGGAGAAUACACCGCCCUCGUCCAGAUUGGGGAUUGUUGAUUCUCCUGCUCAGCACAGUCACGCUGCCAAGACCCGCCAGCAACUUUACGAAACUAAGGACCGACCAAUGACUUCGUAUAAGAAGUUUAAUACGUCGAGAGGCUUGACUGCUGAGGAGCGAGAGAUUUUGCAAAAGCCUGGCGUCAAGAGAUUGGUCAAUGUCACGCAAUUAUAUUUCCUCGAUUAUUACUUUGAUCUUCUUACCUAUGUUGGUUCGAGGCAAAACCGAUUAGCUGCUUUCAAGGCAGAAUAUCCUGAACCUCCCGAGACGGACGAGCAAACCCAUAGCCAAAUGUGGACCAAAUAUACCGGACGAGAGCGAGCCAACCUUCGCAAGAGACGGGUCAGACUUCGCCAUGGUGAUUUCCAGAUCCUGACACAAGUUGGACAAGGCGGAUACGGCCAGGUUUUCCUUGCCCAAAAGAAGGAUACCCGUGAGGUGUGCGCUUUGAAGGUCAUGAGCAAGAAGUUACUGUUCAAGCUUGACGAAGUCCGCCAUGUCCUCACCGAAAGAGACAUUCUUACAACUGCACAGAGCGAGUGGCUUGUCCGUUUGCUAUACUCAUUCCAAGACGACAAGAGUAUCUAUCUUGCCAUGGAGUAUGUGCCCGGCGGUGAUUUCCGUACCCUGCUUAACAAUACGGGUGUUCUGUCCAACCGACACGCACGAUUCUAUAUUGCCGAGAUGUUUUGCGCCGUCAAUGCUCUCCACGAGCUUGGCUACAUUCACCGAGAUUUGAAGCCGGAAAAUUUCCUAGUAGACUCUACUGGUCAUGUCAAGCUGACGGACUUUGGUCUGGCUGCGGGCGUCCUGGCUCCUUCCAGAAUCGAGUCCAUGAGAAUCAAGCUGGAGGAAGCUUCAGAAACACCAGUGCCCUUUGGAAAACCAAUGGAUCAGCGAACAGUGGCUGAGCGUCGUGAAAGUUAUCGUAACAUGCGACAGAACGACGUCAAUUAUGCAAAGUCCAUUGUUGGCUCGCCCGAUUACAUGGCACCUGAGGUUCUCAGGGGAGAGGAAUACGACUAUACGGUAGAUUACUGGAGCUUGGGCUGCAUGCUCUUUGAAGCUCUGACUGGAUUCCCCCCGUUUGCCGGAGCCACGCCAGACGAGACGUGGCGAAACCUGAAGCAUUGGAAGGAGGUGUUGAAGAGACCAGUUUGGGAAGAUCCCAACUACUUCCUCAGCAACCGUACCUGGAACUUUAUCACAACCUGUAUCAAUUCUCGUACUCGUCGGUUCUCGAAUAUUCAGGAUAUUUAUGACCACCACUAUUUCGCUGAAGUUGACUGGGAGACGCUGCGACAGACCAGAGCUCCUUUCGUCCCAGAGCUGGACUCCGAGACGGACGCCGGUUACUUUGAUGACUUCAGCAACGAGUCAGACAUGGCAAAGUAUAAGGAAGUGCACGAGAAGCAACAGGCCCUGGAACAGAUGGCUGAGCGUGAUGACGAAAUGAGCAAGAGUCUCUUUGUUGGAUUCACUUUCAGACACCGCAAGCCGGCCAACGAGGAGGGUGGCAGCCCACGGAAGCGCAUUCCAAUCUCAGAUAACGAGACAUUCGGGACCAUGCUCUAG